AUUUAACCCCCGCAAAGUGCCAUCCAAGUCGCGUCAACCGCGUUUGCACAUUAUCGCGUCACCACCCAAAAAGGCGUCGCCAAUAUCGGAGCAAGAAACAAGGUCAUUAUCGGCAUGCCUCGUGGGCCUUUACGGCGGUCCGCCAGCAUCACAGAUCUUCGCUUCACUCUACGACGAGUCUUUGGGAAAGAGUCAUUCCGGCCGCUGCAAGAAGAGGUCAUCGCCGCCGUGCUCGAAGGCAACGAUGUCUUUCUUUGCGCCGCAACUUCGUUCGGCAAAUCACUCUGCUACCAACUCCCUGCCGUGGUGUCUCUUGGUGUGACCGUGGUGAUUUCACCUCUUCUUGCUCUGAUGACCAACCAAGUUCAAGCGGCUAGAGGUUUGGGGAUCAAGGUCGAAUGCAUCAACGGGAGAACUCCGUACCAGGAAAGGGUGCGCAUCGAGACCGACUUGCUCUGCGGCCAUCCGUCCACCAAGCUGCUCUAUGUCACUCCGGAGCUUUGCGCCACCAACCAUUUCCGCGAUCUUAUCACGAAAAUCCACCGACAAGGACAGCUCGUGCGUAUCGCUAUUGACGAGGCACACUGUAUCAGUGAAUGGGGCCACGAUUUCCGUCCCGCGUACAAAGAUCUGAUAUGGCUGAAGGCGAGCCUCAACUGUCCGACGGUGCCCGUCAUGGCGGUGACCGCCACGGCAACUCCACAGGUCCGCGAAGACAUUUUCAAGUUUCUCGGCCUUGUUAAGACCAAGACCAAGACCUUCUCGACGUCUACUGCACGGCCAAACAUCCAUUAUGAAGUGCAGUACUUUUCCGAGUCGAAUCCGGAAAAUGGCGACGACGAUGUCUUUCCGUACCUUCUUUCCAGGCUCAAUUUCAUGCACCGAAGACGCGUGUUGAGACUGCAGUGUCUACGGGAACAAGACCCCAAGGCGGUCAUGGCUCCUAUAACAGGCAUCAUCUACGUCUCCUACCGCGCCACAGCAGACAGCUUAGCUUCAAAGCUUUCCGAUGCCGGGGUCCGGGCUCAAUCGUACCACGCCGGGUUAGAGGACAUUCAACGGCAAAAAGUACAGACGUCUUUUUUAAGGUUCGCCACAGAAGACCCUCGAUUGUUAUCCCAACAGCAGUCUAGACCGGGAGAAGGUGGCAACGACAUGAUGUCUUCCUCCUUCAACAUCAUGUGCGCCACCACCGCGUUCGGCAUGGGCAUCGAUAUCCCCACGAUCCGGUUUGUCAUCCACUAUGGCCUACCUCGAGGCAUGGAGUCCUUUUCUCAAGAGUCGGGCCGCGCAGGACGAGACAACAAGGCAGCGUCAAGCGUCAUCUUGUACACGCGAGAAGAGAAGGAGCGCAGCGAGUUUCGAGCGAGGAGUGACGCGAACAGAGAAAAGAGUAAAGCCAAGGCCGAAUCCAGGUUGCGGUCCCUGCAGAGCGUGAUCACGUUUUGUGAAAACACUUCGGUCUGCAGGCACGAUUUGUUGUCGAGGUAUUUUGGUGGCGAUGGUGGCGCGGGAUCGUCAGCAGAGUGCCGAUGGGCCUGUGACGUGUGCAAGGAAGGUCCGACGAAGCUGAAGAGGCGAAAGGAAAAGGGGCUGGCGACCGAACACGAGGCCUUUGAAUUCACUCAGAGGCAAGGGGUGCAGGAUUACGAGUACGAGUAA